GUCAUACCACUCUAUGUUUGAGCAGUCGCGCGGCGAUUCCUGUGUUAUAUGCGCGCGCGCAGUUUAUUCAAUCCCUCGAAAACUUACGAAUAUUUUCGUACACAAAGAUGCAGCGUUCCGUCCAGCAAGCAAACGGGGAUGGUGUUCUUGCUUCUCCGAGAAAAAAACAAUGUAUGUUAAGUACUUCGACUAAAAUUACUGUCGUUCUUGGAGCGCAAUGGGGAGACGAGGGUAAAGGCAAGGUCGUCGAUAUGCUUGCCACGGAUGCUGACGUCGUCUGCAGGUGUCAGGGAGGAAGCAAUGCCGGGCAUACUGUAGUAGUAGACGGUGCGGAGUUCCAUUUCCAUCUUCUGCCCAGUGGAAUAAUGAAUCCUAGAUGCACGUCUGUAAUAGGAAAUGGGGUAGUAAUACAUCUGCCAGGUCUCUUUGAAGAAUUGGAGAGCAAUGAAGCAAAAGGUUUAAAAAAUUGGCAAGAACGAUUGGUAAUUUCCGAUCGAGCACAUAUAGUAUUUGAUUUUCAUCAACAAGUGGAUGGCCUUCAAGAAUUAGAAAAAGGUAAUCAGUCUCUUGGUACCACUAAAAAGGGGAUUGGGCCAACAUACUCAAGCAAAGCUGCCAGAAAUGGACUUAGGAUCGGUGAUCUUCUUGGAGAUUUUGAUAAAUUUUCACAAAAGUUUGAUACGUUGGUGACGUCCUAUCAAAAAAUGUUCCCGGCACUUCACGUCGACGUGAAAUCAGAACUUCAACGGUAUAAAGAGUAUGCAGAAAGAAUAAGACCUCUGGUAAGGGAGACAGUUCAGUAUUUACACCAUGCAUUACGUGAAGGAAAAAAAGUAUUAGUUGAAGGUGCAAAUGCUGCAAUGCUGGACAUAGAUUUUGGGACCUAUCCCUAUGUUACCAGUUCUAACUGUAGUAUAGGUGGUGUUUGUACUGGUCUUGGACUUCCACCAUCUUAUAUCGGAGAAGUUGUUGGUGUUGUUAAAGCAUACACUACAAGAGUUGGUGAUGGUCCAUUUCCUACUGAACUUUUAGAUGCUACAGGCGAAUUUUUACAAAAGAAAGGUCACGAAGUUGGAGUUACCACAAAUAGGAAAAGGCGUUGUGGUUGGCUAGAUUUAACUCUUCUCAAAUUUACUGCAAUGGUUAACGGGUACACAUCGAUAUGUCUGACGAAAUUAGAUAUUCUAGAUACACUACCAAAAAUUAAAAUCGGUGUAGCAUAUCGAUUAAACGGUAAAGAAAUAGAUUAUUUUCCAAGUAGCACUUCUGAUUUAGGAAAAGUCGAAGUAAUUUACGAAACUAUGGAUGGUUGGCAAUCAAUGACCGAGGGUGUACGGUCUUUAGAAAAAUUGCCUUCUAAUGCCAGGAAAUAUAUACAAUUAAUAGAAGAUUAUCUUAGUGUACCAGUUAAAUGGAUUGGAGUGGGAGCAGGUCGUGAAAGUGUGAUCACACUCUGACGUUAUAUUUAUUGGUUACAACAAUGGAAAUAUGUUUAUUUGUCCACUCAGUUCGCUAUUCUUUUGGUAAUAAUUGUAGUUUACCGAAAGAGUUGAUGAAACAAACGCACAGAGAGUACACGACGAAAAAAAAAAUAA